CACUUCAUUGAUUACUUUAAUUAAGUUUAUUGAUAACAGCUUCUCAUUUCGUUCCUGUAUUCUGAGAUUAAAAUAUAAAGUUACAGUCUGUAAAAAGUUGUGAUUAUCAUCAGUUUUGUAGAAUAAAUCAACCUAGCUAUUUUUAAAAACCAUAAAAUGUUCAAAAACCUUCUUCCAUUUCUAAUGCUGAUCACAUCAAGCCUAUCUUACGACUAUAUUAACUACAAUGAAUGCUUAGCGACUGGACAGAAAAUAGUUUCGCCAAAUAAAUGUUUUGCUUUGAUGAUGCAGUAUGACGGGAACUUAGUCUUAUAUCGCGUUUCAGAUGCUAAAGUUAUGUGGUUUACAAAUACUCAAGAUAAAGGAACAUUCAAAGCUUGUAUGCAAGAAGAUGGAAAUUUUGUGACUUAUGCACCAAAUGGGAGAUACACUUGGGCAUCAAAUACAGUUGGUAACAAUAAAGCAUCAUUGAAGCUACAAGAUGAUGGAAAUUUGGUGAUGAAUGCCUUUAACUCAAAGGAUAUGGUUUGGUCAACAAAAACGCAAAUGAGUUGUAAUUGAACUAAUAGCUGAAUUUUUUAAAGUUUUUAAAUAAAUAAAAUUAAGGCAAU